CCCAAGGCCAAGAAGAGCAACGCGGGCAUCCGGCGGCCGGAGAAGCCGCCCUACUCCUACAUCGCGCUGAUCGUCAUGGCCAUCCAGAGCUCGCCCUCCAAGCGCCUGACGCUGAGCGAGAUCUACCAGUUCCUGCAGAGCCGCUUCCCCUUCUUCCGCGGCUCCUACCAGGGCUGGAAGAACUCGGUGCGCCACAACCUCUCGCUCAACGAGUGCUUCAUCAAGCUGCCCAAGGGGCUGGGCCGCCCGGGCAAGGGCCACUACUGGACCAUCGACCCGGCCAGCGAGUUCAUGUUCGAGGAGGGCUCGUUCCGCCGCCGCCCGCGGGGCUUCAGGAGGAAAUGCCAGGCGCUGAAGCCCAUGUACAGCAUGAUGAACGGCCUGGGCUUCAACCACCUCCCCGACGGCUACGGCUUCCAGGGCUCGGCCGGGGCCAUCUCCUGCCCGCCCAACAGCCUGGCGCUGGAGGGCGGCUUGGGCAUGAUGAACGGGCACCUGCCGGCCAACGUGGACAGCAUGGGGCUGGCGGGACACUCCGUGCCCCACCUGCCCUCCAACGCCGCCCACUCCUACAUGGGCGGCUCGGCCGGCGCCGACUACCCGCACCCCGACGGCUCGGUGCCCGCCUCGCCCCUGCUGGCGGGCGGCGGGGUGAUGGAGCCGCACUCGGUCUACUCCAGCUCGGCCCCCGCCUGGGCGCCCCCCGCCUCGGCCGCCCUCAACAGCGGCGCUUCGUACAUCAAGCAGCAGCCGCUGUCGCCCUGCAACCCCGCGGCCAACGCGCUCUCCUCCGGCCUGUCCACGCACUCCCUGGACCAGAGCUACCUGCACCAGAACAGCCACAACGCCGCCGAGCUGCAAGGAAUCCCGCGCUAUCACUCCCAGUCCCCCAGCAUGUGCGACAGGAAGGAAUUCGUCUUCUCCUUCAACGCCAUGGCCUCCUCCUCCAUGCACUCGGCAGGGAGCGGAUCCUACUACCACCAGCAAGUGACUUACCAAGACAUCAAGCCCUGCGUGAUGUGAUCCGGGGACCACCCCCCACCCCCGGCCCUCCUGCUCCAUCCCCGGGCCCAGGACCCAGCCGCGCUCCGCGGGGAAGGCACCUCCCCAGACCCAAGAGCCGCUCUCCAAGCCAGCUACAGACUGCCCCGAGGUCCUUGCUCAUGAGGUAUAUAGCAGCCACCGGCACAAGGGAACCCGCUGAAUGAACUGACCCCCACCCCCCAGGGGCCUCUGGGGAGCCGGGGAGCUGGGUGUUGCCUCCCUUCCUGGGGCUGAGUAUGGCAGAUUCACGUGCCUUGAGCUCUUUUUCCUUCUCUCUAACGCGAUCGGUUAGGGAGAAAAAGCAACAGGCCGGAGUUGCCCCCCCACCCCUUGUCCUAUUUUGCAAAACUCUUGUUUUAUCCGAGCCUUCCUUGCUCGGGGAAGGGAAGGGGAAGGGUUAGGGUGAUCCAGCCGCCCCACUAAAGCCUGGGGAGGGGAUGGGAGCUCACUAAGCUUCUCCAGGACCAAGAGGAGACCUCUGGCCCACCCCCCGCCUUGCCUUUGCCAAAGGAAAGUUUUCCUUCUCGGUGCCUGGGAGGAAGGAUCAAUCAUCCACCCACCCAAGUCCAGGGCAGUUUGCAGGGACAUCACUCCCCCUCCACCUCCUUUGCCGUCUGUCCCCCAAAUCCUGCUACGUGUCAGAUGCGCCCCUGUGCCACUGAGGGGCUGGGCGAAGAAAAGUCUCUUCCCACUGACUUUCUCCUAGUUUCACUUCUAUGCCCUGAUUUAGCCAAGGGGGGAAAAAAAAUCUCCUUUUAUAUUUUUUCCCUCUGCAGUAAGGCAAAAAGAAAACCUCCCCGAGGGAGUUGUGUUGUUGCCUGCAUAACGCCCCUAUGCAGAGAGAAUAAGGCACUUUGAAAAAAGAAAGAAAGAAAAGAAAAUAGGAAAAAAAAAAAGCAAGGCUCAUCCUGUUAUUUAUUUUUACUUGUUUCUGAUUCCUAAUAAACGAGACACCAGUAGCCUCAGCUGAUCAGUAUUAAAGUGGUGUAACUUUGUUGGCAAUAUUUGCCAUAUAGAUUUUUUUUAGUUAACCAUUGUAAAUUUAAAACAACGCCGAUCUGUGUAAAGACAAUCCUCCAUAUGUUUUAUAUAAAUAUAUAUAUAAUGAAGGACUAUUUUCCCACUGCCCUCACCCCCAUCCUCCUCUUCCUCCUCCUCUCCCCCACUUUUUUUUGGCCUGACUUUGUACAGACUGGUGACACCUAUUUUAAUUUCCUUCUGCACUGUAUAAAAUUGUAAUUAUGGGGAGUUUUUUUUUUUGCCCCUUUGUGUACGUUUUGUCCUUAAAAAAAAUCGAACCCAAAUAAAACAUGUAUGUUAUUUGUACAUGGUCUUCACAAGUGUAUGAACAGCAAAUA